AUGCGAGCCGCCAUCGCGUUAGAACCACUUCCAGGUACGCUAAAUGAAUCUCGGCCUCCAUUCAAAACUACCGCAUUCGGGAUCGGAGUGUUCUCCCACAAAGCGGCUGCCGAGCGCCGGGAUUGCGUCAUGGUGCACAAAAAUGCACCGACGCUAAUUCUGCAUGCGCCGCGCUGCCGCCGAACGCUAUUAUGGGCUUCGCGAGCCUACGAAAGCGAUGAGGGGGCGCUAUUGCGAAACAACGAACGUGGAUACGAACGCGCGCCG